AUGUCGACUAAACUGCAGGUCUCAAAGUCUGGGAAGAAAAACUCUGCCAAUGGUGUCUCGGCACGAUCUCCCAGCAAGGUCAAGCAGACUACGAAGAAGAAGGGAACUGUCGGUCCGCCGAAAUCCAGGUCAUCUAGCGGUGAGGGCCCACCUGGGGGCGAUAUUCGCAAGUCCAACCGCCCUCGAAAGGCGAGAGUGUGGUACACAGAAGGUGCGGAUGCUACCGAAGAAGACGCUGAACCUGUUACAGCUGCGCGGUACAAACGAGAGGGCGACGAUUUGGACGAGGCAAAGGCCAACGGCAAGUCGGGAGACGAGGCCGAGGCUGAGGACGAGGCUGAGGCCGAGGCUGAGGAUGAGGCUGAGGACGAGGCUGAGCAUGAGGCUGAGCACGAGGCUCCACACGAGGCGGAGGAGGAGGCGGAAGAUGAGGCCGACGAAGAUGCGGAGGAAGGUGAGGAGGAAAAGGCGGAGGAAGAGGCAGAGGAAGAGGUGGAGGAAGAGGCGGAGGAAGAGGCGGAGGAAGAGGAAGUUGGGGAGGCGGAGGACGAAGAGGGUGGGGAGUACGGCAAUGAUUCGGAAGAUGAGUCCGGAGACGAGCCGUCGGGCGAGGAGGGUGGAGAGUCGGACGAUGAGCAGGGGGAGGAGGAGGCAGUGGAGAGGAAUGAGAAAAACGGCACGGCGGAAGUGCCUGCCUGCGCGGAUGCUCAUAAGCCUGAGGUCACGAAAAAAACAAGCUUUGACGAGAUGCUGGAAGAGCAGGAUGACAGUGAAGGUGAUGCCGUGGAGGAUGAGGCUGUGGCAGAGGAACGAGCUUUGCUGCUUGGGAAGCUGAAGGCACUUGAUGAGAUCCAGGAACCCGUUGUCAGGUCUAAGGGGGUGAGGCCAUACCUAAACCUUGACUCCCCUCUGCCUGCCUGCCCCUCUCCCUUCAACCUUAAACCCACCUGCUUCCCCAUUCAGGGGGUGAGGCAAUACCUAAACCUUGACUCCCCUCUGCCUGCCUGCCCCUCUCCCUUCAACCUUAAACCCACCUUCUUCCCCAUUCAGGGAGUGAGGCAAUACCUAAACCCUGACUCCCUUCUGCCUGCCUGCCCCUCUCCCUUCAUCCCGAAACCCCACUUGCUUCCCUGUCCAGGUCUAAGGGGGUCUCAGGGUGUGAGGCAAUACCUAAACCCUGACUCCCUUUUGCCUGCCUGCCCCUCUCCCUUCAUCCCGAAACCCCACUUGCUUCCCUGUCCAGGUCUAAGGGGGUCUCAGGGAGUGAGGCAAAACCUAAACCCUGACUCCCUUCUGCCUGCCUGCCCCUCUCCCUUCAACCCUAAACCCCGCUUGCUUCACCAUCAAGGUCUAUUGAGGUCUAUUGAGGUGACGAUUUACGUGAACCUUGACUCCACUCUGCCUGCCUGCCCCUCUCCCUUUAACCUUAAACCCCACCUGCUUCCCCAUCCAGAGUCAGCAAAUUCAUCCCUUUGUUUCCUAUCACCACACAAUCCCAUUACAGGGGAGAGGGGACUGGCUUGGCACCGUGAGCUCCUCAUCCCGUUCGGCAGCCUCAUCUUCUCGGUGUCCAUCAAGUUGGCUUUGGCGCGCCGUGGGGUCAAUACCGAGAAGAUUAAGACCCGCCAGCUGGGCUGGAUCUUAUAUGCAUUCGAGUGGCCAAUCCUUAACAAUGCGCCCGAUGGGAAGUUGAGCGGCAAGUGGGAGUACAAUCGGAUCCAGUACGAGGAGAUGUGCACCCGUGUGAAGCAGGAGGUCGAGAUCGCUGUCAUGGACCAUGGUGUCCCAUACGCCAGCAACACGAACACAUUCAACUUCCCCAACGGCGUCUACAUCGACGCGUCUGACAUGGAGACCCUUGUCAGCAGGGUGCAGGUAACUUUGUUGCAUCACUCACCAUCUCUUCAUGCCCCUUCCCCUUCCUCCCAUCUCUUCCGUCCCCUUCCCCUUCCUCCCAUCUCUUCCGUCCCCUUCCUCCCGUCUCUACUGUCCCCUUACUUCCAUGCCCCAUGCCUCUUUGUGCAGGCAGCACGACCUGCACCAGCCCGGGUUGUCACCCCCAACCCGUGA